AUGGCACACAACAAUGCACCACCUCCGAACCAGGGGGACAAUGCUUACCAUCACGCUACCUCGCAAUCUUUUGGGGCAAUCGGAGGCAAUCGGCCUACUCAAGGACAACCGGUGCCAAGGGUACUAGAUCUUGGCUCCGCCCUGGCGCAGCGUGAUGUCGAUCAUUCCCCUGAAGGCGCUGGCGGCGCUCGCUCCCGGCAACAGACUGAGCCCAAUACAGGCAGCGCCCAAGCUCUCGCUGCGGCACUGAGCCGCCGCCCUCAGGCGUCUGCAUCGCCUGGAUCAAUGGGACUGAUUGGUUUGCCGCCUGCAAACCCAACAGGUGUGGAUGCUAUGGAUCCGCCGAUAUCGCACUACAGCGCAAUGCAAAGUCAGCAGCAAUCAUUCCAGCCUCCAGCUGUGCCCACCCUUUCGCAGCAGCACCAGCAGGGCGCCGCGAGUCGACAGCGCCGCCCCGGGCCCAUCCAGAGUAUCCAAGUGAGCGCUUCUCCGGCUAUUUAUAGGAUUCCUCAUAUGGAAAUGCUCACAGUGGAUGUCCUUCGUCGCGAAAUGACGGCGCCGCCGUCCUUCCAUAUCGGGGGGCCAGGCAUGCGUCGGGAUCUAGCACUCGGCGCACAAGGGCCCAACGUACAUUAUCAAGGAUAUGACUCCACCCUUAGCGCCAUUGGCCCCGACAACGCCAACAAUAACCCCAAUCUGAGUUUCGUUCGCUUGGCCGAUCUGGCGCCUUCCACAGAGAGGGACAUUCACGAGGUCUCGAUGGACAGUGGACAAGGCCAGGGAGACAACAGCGUUCCACCGUCACACGAUCCUCGCGUCACCAAGAAACCUCGGGCCAGUGCCGACAUCGAGUCCGGUGCUGAGGGAUCUCAGCACCCAUCUGCAUCCGCGACGCUGCCAACCUCUGGAGACGUCGGAAUGAGUAACUCUCUAUGGGACAUCCCCGACAGUGUCACAAUGCGGGUACCUUGGGUGCAAUACCGCAACAGGGUGCUGGAGGCCUUUAUGAGCGCCGAUGACGAUUCUGCCACAAGUCGCAUGUUAACCAAUGUUACCCUCACCAUCAUCGAUAACACCAUCCCACGCACUUUGCCCGACGAUCCUCAGGUGACUGCGUCGAUUGUGCAGUCAAUCAUGGAGUCCUCCCGCCAUCUUGUGGAAGACAUGUUCCCACAGUUUCGUGUCGCGCCCAAUGGGCACACCCGGUACACCACCCAAGAAAUUGCGCAGGCCAUGAAUAUGUUACAGUUGGCGUUGCUCUUUGCCGCUCCGAGGCCCCGUACCCAUUAA